AAUUAAUGCACAAUGUUCUGACUGGAUUUCCUGAGUGAUUUAUAUAUGCAGACCAUAUGGAGGAAAGUCACUGGCAUAAUAUGUAUUUCCCCGAGACAGAGGCUCUUUUGUCACUCUUACUUCGACAGAUACUUUCUUCCCCCAUUUUUGAAAUCCACGAGGAAGCUACAAUUUCUGUUGGUAUUCAAUUGAGGUACAAAGAAGGCAACGGAGCAAAUCCAGAGGAAAAUUGAAAGAAACUAAGAGAACCUCAAGUCAACUCCUUCAAUUUCUUAAGUUGUCCUAUUUCCUUUAAUCAUAUGAAGUUUUCAUGCCAUAUGCAGAAAAUUUCAGACGCGAUGGCUUGAAAGAACUUCCAGAGGAAGUAGAACAACUCGAGAAAUCGAGCGAGUGAUAUGAGAGAGUAUUCUCAAUUGACAUGAAGCUUCUUGUACGUGAUGAGAAGAUUAGAAAGCAGUGGUUGCUGGCCAAGAUCGUUGAUCAUAAGAGUUGAAAUUGUGGAAACACACUUAAGUUUUGAUGGACUUUUUUCUUAUCUCAUCCUGAAGCACAAGAUCCAAUUACAGAACAAUAGAAGGUCCUCUAUAUUUUCAGCCUAUGAAUGUGACUAAUUAUUUUGGUAAGUUCAAUACAGUAAACAUUCUUUGCUUAUUUGUAUGUUCAUGAUUAUUAAAUUAAUUCAAAUGCAUAUUAGUUUUCAUUGUAUUCGGUUGAUGCAGCUCUACCCUGAUCCUGCAAGAUAAACUUCACAAAUCAAUUCUCUGAUCACUUAAUGCAGUCUUCUCUUAACCUGCAAAAUAAUCACCAAGGGCUCAAACACUCUGGCCUGCAUAAAAGAACUCUAUAUAAAGCUCCCUCUUUGUUGCAUUUCAUGUAUAAAGUCACAAGCAAAUAUCAAGAAUCAUAGGAGCUAGCUGUGAAAAUACAUAGUACAUUCACCAAAAGCAAACAUAUCAUUAAUCCCAUUUGUUAAGAGCAAUACAACUCAGAAGAUUAGGUUGCACUGUACACACUUUAUGAACUAUCAACAAUACAAAUGCUCUGCUCAGCAGAGAUAUAAUUUCUCUGAAUAAAACAUCACAUACAAUCUGGUACGGAAAGAAACUAAAUCAGGUCCAAGAACUAACAAAAAAUUAAAUGCAUCACUCUCCGCUUCAGCAAACUGAGCCAAACUUUUAAAGUUCAUUUCUUCAAACCUCUGUCCUGUCUUCAGAGCCAUGAAAGCCAACAAAAAUUAUAUGUCUUCCUUUUUCCUCAUGGUUCUCCCCUACCUCCUAUUCCUAUGUGCUUCUCCUUAAUAGAGGACAUCAACCCCCAAAAGGAAACUGGCUGCCUAUCAUUUGUAACGGCCCCAAACUUAAAAAAUGACUCCCACUGACUGCACGUCGCCAAAAGGAAGCUGUACGCAACUCUUAUUUGGCAUGUAGACAUGGGUGGAGCCAUAUUAGAAGGGUAAGAAAUCAGGUUGCUAUUUUUUUUUUUAAAUGAAUUUUAAAUUGGAACAAUGUCAAGUUUGAUACUGGAAAUAAUUGGGAUUGUCUUAUAUGGGAUUUGAGCAGUCUUUAUUGAUUUAAUGAAUGCUAACUACAAUACCUCUCGCGUUUCUUGAUUCUGGUUGGUUUUAUGACCCCUGGGAUGUCUUUUCUGCAAACUUCAUUAUUCUUUCGAUUAGUUGGUUUUCAUUUUGGUCUAUUUUUUAGAAUAAAGACAAACAUCAAUUCUGAUAGUCAUAACAUGAACAAACAGCACUUCUGAUACUCAUAACAUGAACAAUCUUUAGGAUAACAUGGGCUUAUACCCUAUCCAUAGAAAUUACCCUAUCUAUGUGAAUUGACCAAUUCCUUUUCUUAUAUCGAUUGUCUAUCUUCGUUUCAUCUGAAUUUUCAAGAUUUUUUUGAAAUUGAAGUGUGAAGAGACUCUCAUACUCUCAGAUAUUGUUUAUAUACUUUUAAUUUUAAGAAAUAAGUUAUAUCAUUUUUUGAACAUCCACUAGAGCUAGAGCGCAACGAGGAUAAAAAGUGUACAGGAAUAAAAUAUUAUUAUUUCCAAUGUCGAGUGGGGAAAAGACAGACGUGUGGAAUAAAAUGAGCGCGAGCAUGGAAAAAAAACAUAAGGACCUUCAAACUAAAAAAGGCAUCCAAUUUCUAUCUCUGCAACUAAAAUGGGAUGCAGGGAAAUAAGCAGGAGGAGAUGGCGCAGCAGGACACAGCAAUUUCAAAGAUUCGCUCGGACUCCACUCCGUUGAUUGCUGAUGAAUGGAAGUUUCAAGUAUGCUCCAAAGCCACCGGCUCUGAAGGCAACAGAAAUCAUAGGUUUGAAUUUGCUGCCCUUCUAGAAAUAAAUCUCGUCUGCGUGUACACAACUUGAAUCGCUGGUCCAAAUAGGAAACAGUCUGGCAGAUGAAGCGUACCUACAGACGAAGUAAAAAAAUGACCAAAUUCAGUCUAGGGUUUCUAUCUCUGGCCUUGCCAGUCAACGAUUUAAGAUGAAAACAAAAGUUAGGAACAGUUCUUGCAACAUCUUAUGAUAAUUAAUUAGCCAUCGAUUAAGUAUUGUUCAUGGACUUUGAAUCAUGAAAUCGCACUGAAUGGGAUUCAAUUUAUGAUCCUGUGUCGUUACUUUUUUUUUUUUAUAAAUAAGAAAAGAAGAAAGUAACGACACAGGAUCGUUACUUAUAAUUAAGAUCCCUCACGUAGGUGAGGAACACGGAUUGGAAAUGAAAUCAACAAAGACUUGGUUGAGAAGCUUAGAUGGAGCUUGAGCCACAAGCAAACCUACCAAGUUUGAACACAGACAAUUACACACACAUAUAUAUAUUUCUAAUUAAAACCGACACGUUUAUGGCCGCCUUAAUUUCUUAUAUAGAGAAAACAUAUACAAUCAAUAACUUUGCAAAGACAGAAAAUCAAGUAGCAGUAAGCUUCAAAUUGGAACGAAAUUAACCAUUUGUUAGAGUUUCAACAAUCGGAGUCUCAUUCUUUUCAUAGUUCAAAAAUGGUGAAUGAUUCCACGUACUCUCAUGAUGAUCAUGUUUCUGAAAAGACUCAGUUUUAUGUGGGAUUGGAGAGACCUAUUGCGGAAUUAAAGAGGCUCAGUUUUAUGUGGGAUUGGAGAGACCUAUUGCGGAAUUAAAGAGGCUUUUGCUCGGAAACGAGGUGUCGGUCGUUGGUGUUCAUAGUAUAGGAGGUGGUGGGAAGAGUACUCUCGCAUUGGCUCUAUACAAUGAUCUCCAAAUUAAAGAUUAUUUUGACAGCAAUGUGAUUUUUAUCACAAUUUCACAAUCCCCAAACCUAAAAGGAAUAUUAGAGACUAUGUGGGAGAAAUUAGCUAGAAGGAAAAGACCAGAAUUUCUGGAUGUGGAAGAUGCGCACAUAAAUCUGCAGCAGCUGCUUUCGAAGCAAUCCAAGCCAACUCUAGUUAUAUUGGAUGAUGUUUGGUCUAGUGAAAAUUUGGAAAACUUACUAUUUGAGGGUCCGGCAUACAAGACUCUUGUAACUACCAGAGACAAGUCCUUCAUCCCCAGAACUCCCUCUUCACAACUCUAUCAAUUGCCAUUGUUGGGCAAAGAGGAUGCUCUGUCGCUUUUCUGCUACUGGGCUUUUGGACAGACAUCAAUUCCAAGCGAUAUAGAUAUAAAUCUUGUAAAGGAGGUGCAAGCAAAAUGUGAUGGCCUGCCACUUGCUCUAAAGAUGGUUGGAAGCUCUAUGCAUAAGGAACUGGACGAGGUUUGGAAGCGGGCAAAGAAGAUUUCUGAAGGAGAAUAUAUAUCAGUUUAUCACAGAAAAGGGCUAUUCAGAUUGUUGCAGACCAGUAUUGAUUCCUUAGACGAUGUAACCAAGGAAUGUUUCUUAGACUUGGGGUUAUUUCCAAGGAACAGGAAAAUCUGUGUUGAUGCACUAUUGGACAUUUGGGUUUAUGUACGGAAGCUACGAAGGCAAGAUGCUUUUGACAUCUUAUUAGAACUUGCAAGCAAAAAUUUGUUGAAUUUAACUAGCAAUCAAAGAGGAAGUGCAUCAAUCUCAUAUAGAAAUGCUUCGGAGCUGUACUUUUCUCAGCAUAAUGUACUGAGAAAUUUGGCCUUGUAUUUGGGACACCAAAACAAUUUAGUUCACAAUAAGAGGUUGGUCAUAUCAAGGAACGACUCUAAUUUGCUGGCGAAAGGGGAGUUGCUUGGUGAUAGAGCAUUUGAUACUCAAAUUCUCUCCAUUCUCACUGGCCCCAUGGAGGAAAGUGAUUGGAAUGAUAUGACUUUCCCCGAAACAGAGGCUCUGUUGUUACAUUUUACUUCGACAAAUUACUUUCUUCCCCCAUUUCUGAAAUCCAUGAAAAAACUAAAAGUUCUGAUGGUAUCCAAUUGCGGUGCAAAGAAGGCAACAGUGAAAGGGCUAGAUGUCUUAUCUUCACUCGCUCAACUCAAGAGUGUCCGCAUGGAGAGAUUGAUUUCACCCCUUGCUGAAAAGCAGAGCAUCGAAGCACUGCAGAAUUUAGAGAAGCUAUCAGUGAGCUUAUGUGAAGGAUUUGGAAAUAUAUCCACAUUCACCAAGCUCCAAGAUUUUAACCUGGAUCACAGUAGUGAUUUGGAGGAGUUAACCCCUGGUGUCUGCAAUAUGCGCUCCAUUUUGUUAUGGUCUAUUACCAACUGCCAUCUGCUUCAGAAUUUACCACAUGAUUUUGGAAAUAUGAGCUAUCUAAGAGUACUAAGGUUAUCUGCAUUACCAGGCCUGAAAGAGCUUCCUGCAUCAAUCGGUGAACUUGCACAGUUGGAAUAUCUAGACAUUUCAGUAUGCGAGGGUUUGAAGGAACUCCCAAAGGAAGUAGGACAGCUCAAGAAGUUGAGGGAAAUUGAUAUGAGAGAGUGUUCUCGUUUGACGACGUUACCUGCAACUGUUUGUGAACUAAGUUCCCUGAAGCUUGUCACCUGUGAUGAGAAGAUUGGGAAUCAGUGGUUGCGGGCCAAGAACAUUUCUAUUCCAGAGCUUAGAGUUGAAAUCGUGGAAGCACAUUUUAGUUUGGACUGGCUUGAAGAUUGACUUUUUGUUGAAUGUGAAGUCCAGGGGUUUACUGACUUUUCCUCUACCCCUUGCCUCUUGAUUUCUUUGUUGUCUCUUCAUAUUCGAAGAGUUUAUUUGUAUAAAAGGAGUGCAGCUAUGUAUUUGUAUCAUGUGAAGAACAAUGAAUAAAGAUAUUGUCCUC